AUGCUGACGGGAGAUGGAAGUAUCACGCGACAUGUUCGAGGAACCCAACGACAGUUUGAACAAGGCUGCCGUUCCUAUUUCACCUCCAGACAACUGCUCCACACUGACAACAACAACCUGCAGCCGAGGGACGAAAGGCCUUUCCGGUGUGCCAUCUGUCCCAAGGCGUUCCGGCUUUCCUCCACACUGUCCGCACACAAGAAGCUGCACGACCAAAGAGGACCCAGUCUACGGUGUGAGACGUGUGGACGAGCCUUCACGCAACCCAGCGCUCUCUCCAGCCAUCGACUGCUGCAUCGGUCGGAUCGGCCACAUAGCUGCAGCCUCUGUGGAAAGCAGUUCGUUCGGCUGCAUGCCCUCAAGACACACGUGCUUAGUCACGCGAACGAACGACCCUACGAGUGUGACCAGUGUGGAAAAGCUUUUACCGAAAAGCACGUGCUCGUACGCCAUCGCAAGACGCACAGUAACGAGCGGCCCCAUGAAUGUGCCGUUUGCUCGAAGGCCUUCAAGGAGCGGUAUGACCUACUGCGCCACACGCUCAUUCACAGUGGACUGCGGCCGCACAAGUAUCCCGAUUGCUCCAAAACCUUCGUCCAAUCCAAUGCACUGGUUAAACAUCGAAAGUGUCACGAACGGGAACGCACCGUUGGCCAUCAUCAGUUGAACGCAGCUUCCUUUGCUGUAACUAGGGCCGAAACUACGUGUUGCUAAGUGGAACAGUGACGCAGUGAGUGAAGCAACAAGUGUUAAUGUUGAUUUGCAGAGUGUAAAUAGAAACGUGUUUGAGCAAAUGUUAUUGUGAGUGUCUUUGGAAAGGCAUUCAGAGGAAGUGUACAGUUAAAUAAAGUGUGUAUAUAUUCACCGA